AUGUUCCCCUUUUGCGGGAUUCAGAGCUUGCAGCCGCAGUGCAGAGUCAACAGAAAUGGAGCGGUUUUUUCAAAAGGCAGAGGAAGGCAGUCAGGUCAAGACAGCACUAGAUGGCAUGUGGUUAGGAAGUUCCUAGGUUUAAUAUCCAGUCAAAAUAUACCCGUGUAUUUGAUUGAUCCUUUGGUUCUGGGACUGAUUGAUAAAGACAUUGAACAGAUCAGGAGUUCUUCUGAUGGCCCUAGCCCAGAAUGCAAGUAUUUCUGUGCUCCAAGAGACUUUACUACAUUUGCACUACUGGACAAAACGUGGAAACAUGAAAUGGACCUUUUUAGAGCUGCUGAGAAAAUGGGAUUCCAAUGGCUAAAGAUUCUAAACAAAGACCCCCGCUUGGAUGGGAUGGAUGACCUGUCUGGGUUUGAAAUUCCCUUGCACUACAUCUUUAAACUGGCGUCUCAUGCUAUUCACCUGGUAGUCUUUUAUGAGAGGAGUGGCAACUACCUCUGGCAUGGUCCUUUGAGGCUCAAGCAACAUAUGGACAGAAAGUUUGUGCCUUUCCGGAAACUCCACUUUGGUCGCUACCCUGGAGCAUAUGAAAAGCCUGAACUACUGCUCGUUUCCAUUGAUGACUUAAAAGUUCAAAUUCCGAAAAAUCCGUCCAGUUUUCUUGAGGAGAUAUCACACUCUAGAUUUCUUGAAUGUAGGUACAGAGAAGCUCGGGCUUUCUUUCAGCUGUACCCUGACGAUGCAUCUCUUGAUGCAGUGGAGUUCAGAAAAAAGGCAAAAUCCUUGCUGCGUCUGGCUGCCCUGACACUAAAUAACUUAGGAGUAAAGUUCUGGCUGAGCAGUGGAACCUGCCUUGGCUGGUAUAGACAGUGCAAUAUCAUUCCUUACAGCAAAGACGUGGAUUUGGGGGUCUUCAUAAGGGACUACAAAGCAGAUAUCAUUCCAGCAUUUCAGAAAGCAGGAUUACCACUGAAGCACAAAUUUGGCAAGGUAGAAGACAGCUUGGAACUCUCUUUCCAGGGAGAAGGUGAUGUGAAACUUGAUAUUUUUUUCUUCUAUGAAGAGGAUAACCACAUAUGGAAUGGAGGAACUCAGGCCAAAUCGGGCAAGAAAUUCAAGUAUCUGUUUCCAAAGUUUACUCUGUGUUGGACUGAGUUUGUAGAACUCAAAGUACAUGUACCCUGUGAAACCCUCCAGUAUGUGGAAGCCAACUAUGGCCCCGAUUGGAAGGUUCCUGUGAAGAUGUGGGACUGGAAGAGCUCACCAUCCAACGUUCAGGACAACGGUAUCUGGCCUGUUGAUGAGUGGGAUGACGUCAUUCAAAUCUACUGAUCCCGUGGCUGUUAA